UCCUCCUCCUCCUCCAAGGAAACCUGCCACUUCUAGUCGCCCUGCCCUUUCCUUUCAAGGGAGACUUGCCCAGCGCCGGCCCGCGCGGCUCCAGCCCUCGAGCGCCUCCGGCUCGGCGCGUCCAUCAGUGCGUCCGCGCGGUGCAGCUCCGACAGGGGAACGCGCGCGAGAUGGGGAGCAAAGGCUUGCUUCUGGUAGCCCUGGCUGUGUGGCUCCAGAGUCUGACAGCCCCCCGCGGAGGGGUGGCCGCCACCAAAGGAAUUAUAGGAGGAAGAGAUUUUACAGACAUCGAAAGUAAAUUUGCCCUAAGGACCCCUGAAGAAACAGCUGAAGACACUUGCCACCUCCUUCCCGGAGUAGCAGAAUCUGUGGCUAACUGCCACUUCAACCACAGUAGCAAAACCUUUGUGGUGAUCCACGGCUGGACGGUGACAGGAAUGUACGAGAGUUGGGUGCCAAAACUUGUGGCUGCCCUGUACAAAAGGGAACCAGACUCCAACGUCAUUGUGGUGGACUGGCUGACACGGGCUCAGCAGCAUUACCCAGUGUCUGCAGGCUACACCAAGCUCGUGGGAAAAGAUGUGGCCAGGUUUAUCAACUGGAUGGAGGAGGAAUUUAACUAUCCUCUGGACAAUGUCCAUCUCUUGGGAUACAGCCUUGGGGCCCAUGCUGCUGGCAUUGCAGGAAGUCUGACCAAAAAAAAGGUCAACAGAAUUACUGGCCUAGAUCCAGCUGGACCAAACUUUGAGUAUGCAGAAGCUCCAAGCCGCCUUUCUCCUGAUGAUGCAGAUUUUGUAGACGUCUUACACACAUUCACAAGGGGCUCCCCCGGUCGAAGCAUUGGAAUCCAGAAACCAGUAGGACAUGUUGACAUUUAUCCAAAUGGAGGUACUUUUCAGCCAGGAUGUAACAUUGGGGAAGCUAUCCGUGUGAUUGCAGAGAGAGGCCUUGGAGAUGUGGACCAACUAGUGAAGUGCUCCCAUGAGCGUUCCAUUCAUCUCUUCAUCGACUCCCUGUUGAAUGAAGAAAAUCCAAGUAAGGCCUACCGGUGCAGUUCAAAGGAAGCCUUUGAGAAAGGGCUCUGCCUGAGUUGCAGAAAGAACCGUUGCAACAAUUUGGGCUAUGAGGUCAAUAAGGUUAGAUCCAAAAGGAGCAGCAAAAUGUACCUGAAGACUCGUUCUCAGAUGCCUUACAAAGUCUUCCAUUACCAAGUAAAGAUUCAUUUUUCUGGGACUAAGAGUGAGACGUACACCGACCAGUCCUUCGAGAUGUCUCUGUAUGGCACCGUGGCUGAGAGUGAGAACAUCCCUUUCACUCUGCCUGAAGUUGCCACAAAUAAGACGUACUCCUUCCUGAUUUACACGGAGGUGGACAUUGGAGAACUGCUCAUGCUGAAACUCAAAUGGAAUAGUGAUUCGUACUUCAGCUGGUCAGACUGGUGGAGCAGCCCCGGCUUUGCUAUCGAAAAGAUCAGAGUAAAAGCAGGAGAGACUCAGAAAAAGGUCAUCUUCUGUUCCAGGGAGAAAGUGUCUCACUUGCAGAAAGGAAAGUCACCUGCGGUAUUUGUGAAAUGCCAUGACAAGUCUCUGAAUAAAAAGUCUGGCUGAAACUGGCGUAAUCCUCAGAAAGAAGAAUAGCACAUGAAUUGUGAAGAAUGAAGUGAAUGAAGUAACUUUUACAAAAGAUGCCCAAUGCUUUGGGUGUUUAAAAGUGGAUUUUCCUGAGUAUUAAUCCGAGAUAUAUCCUUGUUAGUUAUUUUAUGAGGCAGUCUCAAA